CCACCCUGUGGCAGCGGAGUCCUUGGGGAGGGGUAUGGGGGAGCUGCCCCAAGCCUGGGGAAGGGGACCCAGUGCAGGAGGUGACUGGAGCCGUGGCGGCGGCGGCGGCGGGAGGAGCAGUGGCGGCGAUCUCAGCCACAGCAGCCUAGGCUCGAGCCCCGGCCAGGGCGGCACAGCAGACAAUAACCGGGCUGGAAACUCGACCGGGCCGGACCCAACUGGGAUGCUUCCUGACUGAUGAUGUUAUAGCAGUGCUUGGAAGGCAGAAGGCUGCUUUUUCAGCUGAACAUACCUGAGUUGUCCCCAUCACCAUGGAGACUGGAAAGGAUGAAGCUUCUCAGGCCAAGGGAGCAGUAACCUCUAUAGACACCCAGGACCCAGGGGCAGAGAAAGGAGCCAAGAACAAGGCAGCUGAGAUAACAGAAGGGCCAGUGUCAGAGCCACCCUCAUCUGGCCCAGGUAGGCUGAGGAAAACUGCCAUGAAACUUUUUGGUGGCAAGAAGGGCAUCUGUACCCUGCCUAGUUUCUUUGGAGGGGGGCGAAGCAAAGGUUCUGGGAAAAGCAUCUCCAAGAAGGGUCUUAGCAAGAGCAAGACUCAUGAUGGCCUGCCUGAAGCAGCCUGUGGCCCUGAAGACAUUGUCAGUGAAGGAACCAGCUUUGCCUUACCCUUGCCUGAAUCACCCUGCCAACUUCCCAGUUCCCAGAGUGCCCAUGAGGUUUUAGAGACAGGCUCCAGAUGCAAGACAUCUGUGGCUGGAGCCACAGAGAAAGCUGGGGCUGUGAAGGCUCCCUCUGCACCCAAGCCAAAGAAAGGCCUGAAAGGCUUUUUCAGCAGUAUCCGCCGUCACCGCAAAAGCAAGGUCUCUAGGGCUGAACAAAGUGAGCUAGGGGCCAAGGGGCCUGAAGGGGCCAGAGCCAGGCCUCAUGAAUGUGUGAGCUCAGCCAUUCUGCCCCAUACUGAGGAUAUCCUCCAAGCCCCCAGAAAGGAAAAUGCCAAAUCCCAAGAUGCUCCUGGACCAAAAGUUUCUUUAGUACCAGAGCCUUCUCCAGCAGUCACUGAGAAGACAGGCUAUAAAGAUCCAGAAAAACCCAAGGAGGCCUAUGCCUCAACACUUCUGCAACUCAAGCCUGCCUCUGAGGUCAGUGGCCCAGAGGAACCCCACAGUCCAGAAACAGGACAGAAGGUGGUGGCGGAAGAGGUAAAUCCACCAGAUGGCCCUGUUGGGGACCAGCUAAGCCUCUUGUUUGGGGAUGUCACAUCCCUGAAAAGUUUUGACUCACUAACAGGUUGUGGUGACAUCAUAGCAGAGCAGGACAUGGACAGUAUGACAGACAGCAUGGCCUCUGGAGGCCAGAGGGCCAAUCGAGAUGGGACCAAGAGAAGUUCCUGCCUGGUGACCUACCAAGGAGGUGGGGAAGAAAUGGCCUUGCCGGAUGAUGAGGAGGAGGAAGAGGAGGAGGAGGAGGAGGAGGUGGAAUUAGAGGAGGAAGAAGAUGGUGUCAAGGAGGAAGAUUAUGACUUAGAAUAUCUGUGGGCAAGUGCCCACAUGUACCCAAGGUCCAAUCUGAAUUUGGGCUACCAUCCCAUCACAUCCCCAGGCCACCAUGGCUACAUGUUCCUUGACUCAGUUCGAUCUUAUCCUGGCUUAACCCCUGGGGACCUUUUGACUCCUCAGAGUGACCAGCAAGAGUCUGCCCCCAAUAGUGAUGAGGGUUAUUAUGACUCCGCAACACCUGGAUUUGAGGAUGAUUCAGGUGAGGCCUUGGGGCUUGUCCGCAGAAAUUGUCUGCCCCGAGACAGCUACAGCGGAGAUGCCCUGUAUGAGUUCUAUGAGCCAGAUGAUAAUCUUGAGACAUCCCCACCUGUAGAUGACUGUCUUUAUGACCUCCAUGGUCGCAGCUCUGCGAUAUUUGACCCCUUCUUGAACUUUGAGCCCUUUCCUUCCUCUCGGCCACCUGGGGCAAUGGAGACAGAGGAAGAACGGCUAGUGACCAUCCAGAAACAGUUGUUGUAUUGGGAGCUUCGGCGAGAGCAGCUUGAGGCCCAAGAGGCACAGGAAGCACGUGCCCGAGAGGCUUACACCAGGGAGGCCUAUGCCCAAGAAACUCAUGCCAGGGAGACCCAUGCCCGAGAAGCUCAUGUCAGAGAGGCCCAAGCCCGAGAGGCCUAUGCCAGGGAAGCCCAAGCCCGAGAGGCCCAUGCUCAAGAGGCUCAAGUCCGAGAGGUUCAGGACUGGCAGGAGAAGCCCGUCAUGGAAUAUCAGAUGAGGCCCUUAGGCCCAUCAGUGAUGGGCCUUGUAACAGGGGUGUCAGGGACCUCUCAGACUUCCCACCGGGGAACCACCUCAGCUUUCCCUGCCACUGCAAGCAGUGAGCCAGACUGGAGGGACUUCCGUCCUCUGGAGAAGCGUUUUGAGGGAAUCUGCUCUAAGAUAGAUCAAAGUACCUGUCUGAUGCAGCUCUUCCAAAGUGAUGCUAUGUUUGAGCCAGACAUGCAAGAAGCAAACUUUGGAGGAUCUCCAAGGAGGGCCUACCCUACUUAUUCACCCCCGGAGGAGCCAGAGGAAGAAGAGGUUGAGAAGGAAGGGAAUGCCACUGUGAGUUUCUCACAGGCCCUUGUGGAGUUCACCAGCAGUGGGAACCUCUUCUCCAGCAUGUCCUGCAGCUCUGACUCUGACUCGUCUUUCACUCAAAACCUCCCUGAACUGCCCCCUAUGGUGACCUUUGAUAUCGCUGAUGUGGAACGGGAUGGGGAAGGCAAGUGUGAAGAGAAUCCUGAGUUCCACAAUGACGAAGACCUUGCAGCCUCCUUGGAAGCUUUUGAGCUGGACUACUACCAGAAACACACAUUCAACAACUACCACAGCCGAUUCUACCAAGGUCUGCCCUGGGGUGUGAGCAGUCUCCCUCGCUACUUGGGACUGCCCGGCAUGCACCCUCGGCCUCCACCUGCUGCUAUGGCCCUCAAUAGAAGGAGUCGAUCCCUGGACACGGCGGAAACCUUGGAACUGGAGCUCUCCAAUUCCCACCUUCCCCAGGGAUACAUGGUGUCUGAUGAGCUUCAGGCUCAGCAGGAAGAUUCAAAUGAGGAAGAAGAAGAGGAGGAGGAAGAAUGGGGCCGAGACAGUCCUUUGUCCCUUUAUACUGAACCACCAGGGGCCUAUGACUGGCCUGCCUGGGCUCCCUGUCCUCUCCCAGUGGGGCCAGGCCCUGCCUGGAUAAGUCCCAGCCAGUUGGAUGUGUCUUCUGGCCAGUCUCCAUAUGGGCAGACAGCCUGUUGCAUACCUCCUGUGGCCAUGUCAAUGUUGCUGUCAGUACCAGGGCCAGAGCCAAGGGCACCUGGGAUAUCCAGGCCUCCGCUAUCUCGGCCUUCACACCUACCCCUGCCCAUGGUCCCUUGUUAUAACCUGCAGCCACAGGCCUCUCAGAAUGUGAGGGCCAAGCCUCAAGAUAUGCUGCUGCCUAUUGAUGAGCCCAGUUGCUCCUCCAGUUCUGGAGGCUUCAGCCCCAGUCCUCUGUCCCAGGCCAAGCCUGUGGGCAUCACUCAUGGCAUCCCUCAGCUGCCCAGAGUCCAGCCUGAGCCCCAGCAGCCUCAACCCAUUCACUACAGGGCUUCCAUCCUUGACAUGUCAAAGGAGAUGGCUGAGCAAGGUGCCUCUCUCCCCCUCCCCACCAGUUACUCCUCCACUGCUGUGAAUGGAAAGCUAGCUGAAUAGUCAUCAUCUAUUCUGGAGUGGGGGCAUGGGGCCUGAGCAUGUGAAUGGGGAUCAGGGGUUGGGCAGAGGGGUGGGGGGAUGGGUGUUGCUAUUUAACUUGAAAAUCCUUUUGACCAAGGAAAGCUUCUAUGAGUUUUUGCCUUUGUUUUCCCACUUCCCUCUUCUGCCAAUCUGUGGUCACAUUUGGCUUGAGUACAUCUGCCCCAGGAGGCUGCUGCUGCUCUGUUGCUCCAGCUUUUCCUUUUGGGGUUUCUUGCUACCCAUACAGGGUUUGGGAUGCUGUAAUUUUGUGCCUAUUCCAGUUACCCAGUUAGUGAUUAUAUAUAUAUAGCAUGCAUCCUUGACACAGGCUGAACCCUUAAUACCCCUGCCACCCCCCUACAUACAGUGAAUGAUGAACCACUGAUGAACAGCCAGGUCUGCACUGCUUCCCACUUGAGGAUGGGGGCUUGUUUGCUGUUAACAAUGUGAAAUAAUGGUACAGAUUCUCCCCACCCCCACCCCCUUCAGUCUUGGCAUAGCUGUCACCAUUACAUCAGAUGAUUAUAAUCUAUCCACCCCAGCUAGCUGUCCUUAGAGAGGAUCGAGUAGCAUGUGUCUCAUUGCCUAUUGCUGUGGACUUUGGCAUUAUAACCAGAUGGGGGCCUUUUAACCUGGUCUGCCAUAGCUUGGGUUAAAGACAAAAAUGCUGUCCCCUUAAUGGAGUGAUCAGAUUCAUUCAGUUGCAAACAGAAGACAAAAUACUGUUCUAUUGUAGAUACUGCCAUAAGGCUGGAGUUGUGGAAUGAUAGGAUUUUUUCCUUCUUCCUCUCUUAAGCUUGUGAUGUCUGAGUUACAGACACUUUUGAAUUUUUGUUUUACUCCAAAGGAAAUUUCAUAAUCUCAUCACAAGAAACGUAUUAUUUCAAUUGAGAUACAGGAAAAGAAGCGGCCUAAAUUAGGCUUGGCUAUAGGGGGUCAGGGUUUUUGUGGGUUGCAGGGGAAGGAUAGGAGAGGGAGGUCCAUUUGUCCCUGCUGGCAGGAGAGAAUUUUAGACAUUGCAGAGCUCAAGGUAACCCAGCUUCUUAGAAGAGAAAAUUGUUUCUCCCCCCAAAGCAAAAAAUUCCCUUAAUCCUUGCCCACCCCUUCAUUUGGAUGCUGUAAAGAGGCUCCAGAGGCACCAGGCUAGCACUCCCAAAAGACAGGACACCAAAGGCAUCUAGGCUGCUGUUCUGGUUCUCUAAAGAGCUUCCAUCUAAUUAGCUAAGUCCUUAGCAUCCAAAAAGGACCACCCUUCUUGAGAGGAAAGACUGUGACCUGUGCCCUUACUCUGCCAAGCUGCAGGAUUCUGAUUUGCAUGGCAGUUGCAGCCCUUUAUGGAGUGAAUGGUACACUCACUUCUCCAUCCACAGUUUUCAUGUUAAACUAGCUUGGAAAUACUGGUGAAGAAGAGUUGUUGUCAGGAAGACAUUGCAACAGUCUAAUCUAACCUGGCUCAACCUCUCAAUCACCAAUAAGAGAGGGUUCCUUUUUAAUUUCUUUAUUGGAAAUAGAAUAUGGAACAUUUUUUGCCUGGAUGUUUUGACCCAAAUUAUAAUCCUUGCUUCCCUGCCCCUGUCCCUUACCCCACUUAUCUCCAUGCCUGUUAAGAGAAGAGGUCAGCAGGGCUCUUGGAGACAGAGGCUAUUGGCCCCCUGAGUCAAGGGGGCAAACUUUAUGGUAAACUUCCCCUUGACCAGGGAAUGUAUUUGUGCUGGUUUUUAUCACCAUUUCUCAGAUUGGGGUUGGUAGUGCUUCUUCCCACAAAGAGCAAACCUGUCUGAUAAAAGCUUCACCCCUGGAAGUACCACAUGACUUUGUGUGGCACUAACACCGCUGUUCAAGGGAACCAGACAAACUCUCCAGGCUAAUUCUGUCUGCAUUGUGAAGAAAUACAUAAGUCAUGGAGUUGAAGAAAGAAAGCAUGAGGAAGGCUCUCCUUACCCCAAGCACAGCAUUCCUGGAGAGAAAUGCCCAAAUUCCAACCAUCUGGCCACUUACCAAAGCUGCCCUAGGAGGGUGGGGCUGAAAUAGUCCUGGCUGUUUGGCAGGAAGUAAACACCAAAUGCCUUUACAACAAGGGAAACCCGACUACUUGCCUCCUCUCUCUCUGCUUGUCCUUCAGGGCAGUUCAAGCUCCUAUCUGUAUGUAAACUGUGCCAGCCACAGCAGGUAGUAGAGCCAUCACCAGCUUCCAGACCCUGCUGGGCCUCCAGCCUAUCUGAGAAGAGAAAAAGUAGAUGGUUAGACUUUGGCCAAAGGCAGAAGUCUGCUCUCAGUGAGAAGAGGGCAGUAAGAGAGGUGCUGAGGGGAAUACGCCUCUGAGGGGAAUAGUCAUCGAUCAUCCUGACACACUUUGCUGGGCUUUGGAAGGUCAAAUACAGAGUAGGGCCUAGAACUGAGCAACGUCUCAUGGUUUGGACAACAUUGCUGCCUGCAAGUUCUUUCAAUAUCCUUUCCAGCCCAAGGACAAGAUCCUUACCACCAGAAGUGGGACAGUCAGGGUGCAUGGCUAUAGAAGCAGGCUCCUUUGACUCUCACUCUAUAUCCAAGCAGUUCAUGGCCAAAUCCCAGCUGCAGCCUAGAAGAGGAAGGAAGAUCUAGCCGGGGACAUGUGGUUGAUGGUAGCACAGGCUGACACUGGGAGAGCCAACAAACCUCCAGGCCUCUCCCCAAAGAUAGCCAGUGCUUGCUUGGCUGGUGUUGAUGUCAAGCCCACAUAUCUUAGGCUGUGACCAGAUGAACACCAUGUCUACAUUGUGAGGUCCUGUGAUAAUGCUUCUGGAUGUGAUUUCAAAGGAAGAUACGACUUGAAAGGAGAUGUCUGCUGUCAUCUUUCUACCCAGCAGGCUUAUAUAGUGCCAGACAGCUCUGAUCCUGGGAAUUCUCAGAUGAGACCAGUCUGUGGGGAUCCAGUGACUGUGGAUAAAGAAGGCCAACUAGCAGCCUUCUUUCAGGGCUGCCAGUUUCUCAGUGCUUUAGCAGCUUCAAGGAAGCCCUGCUUUGGGGCACUCAGCUUGGGCACCUAUCCGUAAGCCUCCUGGGCCAAAGGCUUUGGUCAACACUAGUCUCUUCCUUCUUAAUGCUGUACCAAGCAGGGAAGUAGCUUCCUACACCCAAGGUGUAUUCCUCUCAUUCUGUUGCCAGCAACUUUCCCACCCUUGCCAGUGCCACCACCCCACCCACCCUCAGCCCCUGGGCCCAAUUGCUAGAGGGAGGCAUGGGGGAUUUAGCAGGGAGACUUCAAGUUUACCCACGUGUAUGUUACAUCCAAGUUGUUUUUAAUAUAUAUAUAUACAUAUAUAUAUAUAUCAAAAGUCAAUUAUCUAUUUUUGUAUUGUUUGCAUUUUAUAUUCAUGGAAAACAAUGUUUAUCAAUUGUUCUUUUCUGAUAUAUUUUAUUUUUAAGUGGUGCUGUUUACAGUUUUAAACAAAACAAAGUUGACACAAAAAUUGCUGCUGCUUGUGCAGAGGGCUGGCAUCUCAACUGCCUAGGGUCCUCCCUCUUUCCCCCCUCCUUAUCCCAAUGUAUCUCACUGUUCAUCCCUUCCCUCCAUGAUAGGGACAGCAAAAGAUGCCCAGGUACUAUGACAAAUGCCAGGUGAUUCAGGCAUAGAGAACCUGGUAGAUAGCAUGUUGUUUAUGGCUUUACUUUUUCUUUUGGGCCUUGCCCCUUCCCUACGUGUAGACCUUCUGGAAGUACCCAUCUCUCCUCUCUCUCUCUCUCUCCUUUUUAUGUUUUGUGCUUUCAUUUUGAAAUAAGUCCCCAUGUUGUGCUAUUUGUCAUGUUGAGUUUCUCCAAGGGAGCAUUUUGGGGACACUCUCCACCCAGUGGGGGAGGACAUGGAGUUUCUAUCAUGCCCUUUUCUCCUAAGACACUGAGGAGACAGAUAACAGUGAUGCUUCAACCACCAUGAAUUAAUUGGCCAUCUCAUUGGGGAAACCCUUGCAUGGGCCUUUCCAAGAACUCAGUUGACAUUUGCCCAGGAGAGAUGUUGGAGAACUCCUUGACCCCUCUUGCUGCUUUGGGGGUAUCUCUCCCCCUACCACAAUUUCCCCUUCCUUGUUCUGCUCCCAUUCACAUACAAAUGGUAUUAUGGGGGGACCAGUGACUCUCACGGUAAUGGCUUGCUGGCCUGAUUCCCAAUUUUCUGUCCUACAGUCACUCCAAAGAAGAAAAUCCACAUGGCAUGUAUAUGUGUGAGGGUUGGGCCUACUAAGAGGCAGGGCUUUAAUUAUUAUUCUUAUUACUAUUGGUGCUUAUUUUCCCUGCUGUAUAUGGGGCGCGGAUGGAGAAGAAACCAGGAAUGUAUAUUUAGAUCAUAUUAAAUAAAAUGGCUGGAGGAACAGAGGGAAGAAAUUGGUAACUGCAGCACAUACUCACCCCAGGUGUUAAGAGUUUUUUCUCUCCCAGUGUAAAAUGGGGAGCAUGGUCCCGGGAUGUGCCCUAGCUUCCCCUUCCUUAUCUCUGAGUCAUCACAUAAUUGUCUGGAUUAUGACCUCUCCAAUUCUAGCUCUCACUGACACCUGGAUAACUUGAUGCACUGCCUAUUUGUUACAACAUAUAUUUCUUUUGCUGAAUGCUAAUAAACUGGGUUCAAGAAGGACCUCUCCCCCUGUCACAAAAGUGCAUUCUUGUGGUUUGUUCCACAGCAGCAUGCCUGUGACCAUGGUUAUUGGGUUUGCCCUUGAAGGGAAAUGGAGAAAGCAAGGAGAUUGGCGGGGGGUGGGGGGGUCAUUCAUUGGAGAAACAGAGCCAGAGCUGAAAGUAAAGUAGAGGAAACUUCAGUUCUUCAUCCAAAUCUUGCCCUGGAUCUGUCUGAUGCCGUGUUGGUAAACUCUCCAUCACACUUUUCACAUUUUGAGAACUGCCAGGGGCUGGUUAGCCUUCUAAAAUUAGCCUCAGUUCGUGCAAGUGUGCUGGCAUCCUCACCAGCCAGGGGGCAGAGUUAUGGACCUCCUACUGAUGGCUCCAUCUAAGGGAUAAUACUAAUGGUGGGACUCUCCAGCUAAGCUGCAGGAAUGACAUUCUUCACCCAGGUAUAUGGGCAGAGAUGUUUCCUGGGCAGCUGUCUGUUACACCUAUUCAGCUGUGGGGUUGAGGGGGAAGCAUGUGUUUUACCCCUGGCUCCUGAUAAUCAGCAAGGACUUGUAACACCUGCUAGUGGAUUCCCUUGAGUUCUUUUGCCAUGCCCAAGCCAGAAGGCCUGAAAUUGUAUCUGUUUGAAACCGCUAUAGACUGUAGAUAAUGCUGCCACAGACACAUAGGAAAACUCCCUGGGGUCCCUUCCAGAUUAGCAAAGAAGUUUGGUGGCCCCCAGUACCUCAUGAAUCAAGCAAAGCAAAAUAAAAACAAUUAAGUUUUUAAGUCAGAGAGAGAAGAGAGAAGCUCCUGGUAGGGGAGUUAAUAAUUCAUAGAUGUUGAAUUGUCUGCCAGGUACUGCUCAUAGAAGGAAGAGGGUCAUGGUUGCUCAGAAGGCUUUUGGAGCAAGACCUUCUAGGAAGAUCUUAUUACAUCCAUUGGAAAUUCAAGGGGUUGUGUGGUAUGGGAGACCUAGAUUUCUGCCCUAAUUUUUAACCCUCAUUAAUCAGCUGGGCUUGGGAAAAUCCCUUCUUCUAAGUUUCAGUUUCUCCAUCAAUAAUAUAUGGGUGCAUUGGGCAUAGAUUUGACUAGACUAGUUUCCAUAUGCAAGUCAGAAGACUGGGCUACCACAGAGUAACCCAUGGAACUUUUUCAACUGCCUAAAUCCAGCACUCCCCACCCCUUUCUGACUCAGUUGGCCUGUAGUGGAGUUCUUUUCUGUGGUGUGGAUCCCACAUAACUUGUGCAUUGUACCUGCUGUAAAGAUGAGUGGUAAGAGCUCCUCCUGUUCUGCUGUGACUGAUGGCUGCUUUCACUGUGACCCCCUGGGGAUUCCUUUGUAAUACUGGAAGGGGAUGCUGGUGGAAGAGGAAACAUCCUAAGACCUUCCUUAGAUCACCAAGGAAACCACCUUGGUCAGCUCCCAUGCUGUUCUCUGGUCUGCUUAAGGACUGGGGUUAUGCCUUUGUUCCCAGCAUCUGUUUAGAGCAGAUGUAAACACAACAGGUAAGAUACCUUUGUACAAAUCUUUUGGAGGAUGCUGUGGGUAAGCUUCUAGCUCCCCACUGCCCCUACCCUCACUGGGCUCUGGGCCUUAUGGACCAUGUUCUUUCUCUGGAUAAUUCCUACACUUUAGCUGGGCUGCAUGGCUUCUGAGAUCCAGACCUGGCCAAUAAAAGCAAGCGACCUGAGGGUAGCACUUUCUAGUCUACAAUCUCUUUCCAUCUCCAUUACCUUUUAAAAGUCCCCUGGAGCAGGUGGGUAGAGCAGAUGAUCUCAUCCCCACUUUACAGAGGUGGAAAGGAGCCAUGUAAAAGUGAAAUGACUUGCUUGUGGUAAUACAGAACAUUGACUGUAAGUCAAGGAGAGAAAGAGAGUGGGCAGGUAGGGGUGGAAGAUGUGGUGUAGGAGAAAGAUUACUACUAAUAAUUCCUCAAUCCUUGAAUGAAUAAUGUCAUUGAUAUGUGCAUGCACUAGACACUUUAACCACAUUAUCUUGUGUAAUCCUUACCUUAACUCUAUGAGGUUAGCACUAUUGUUAUGUACAUUUUAAGAUGAGGAAACUGAGCCUCAGAAAGAUUAAGACCCUUGCCAAAGUUCACACAAACAAAUAAGUGGACUCCAAAUCUCCUGCAUUUUUCUAUCAGGCUUGUAGUGAAGCUUCUGGUUAGUUGCACAUUAGGGAUGCUAAGGGUGAAUUGAGCAAUGACCCCAGCAGCAGGCCCUACUCCUGAAACUGAAAGGGAACUCUGGCUGCCUCCUUAUUACACUGGGCCCAACCCAGUCUCCCAGCUCCAAGCCCAGAGAAGAGGCCCUUGUUAGCCCAGGGAGGGACUCCCUUCCCCCACUCCUACCCCUCAGCCUUGGAUCUCUGGGAAUUGUUCCCAGAAAGGUAGGCCCACUUAAAGCUGCUAAUAAGUGGCCUGGGAAACAUGAUGAAUAGCAGAGUGAGUCAAUAAACAUGAGCACUUAGAUGCCUGGAGAAUGGGCCUGCCACCGCUCAGACCAUCAAUUGGAGCACUGCCUCAUGAAGAGGUACUUAAUUGUAAAUCGCUUAAUAGCCACAGUGGGAAAAAGCCUUAUUCUCUGAGAAUAACUGCUGUCUGAUGGGCUCUUGAAGGCUGCUCUCCUCUGCUCCUUCAGUUUCUUUCCUGCUUUUCCACUUUCUCUCUCUGGAUGCCUGAGCACAUUUUUCAUGUUGCUCACCCAGUACAUGGAGCAUCUAACGAGGUUUCCUAAGAGCUCCUAGGCAGCCCCCACUGCUAACAGGAAGUGGAUGCUCUGCCUGGCCACAAAUGCCAUGAUUAAAAUUAAUGUUAUGUUCUUCAAGUAAACAAAAAUGUAAUGGGCAUCUAUCUCUGUCCACAAACUCAGAUGUGGGUAGUCCUUUGUUUUGUUUUGUAACUAAAUUAUGACUUCAAACUCCCCAUCCUAACAGGGAAGCAAAAAAUUCCGUGUCAGUGAUGACUGGGGGCCCCUUCAAGGGUGGCACUGGAAUUCAGGGGACACUUGUGGUUCACAGAAAUUAGGGCAAUGGCAACUAAUCUUUAACCUAUUCCAAUCACCACUGACACCCUCGUUUUCCAUCUCCUCCCCAUCUUUAAGGAUCUGCACUCAAGCAGUGCUUGAGUUCCUACUGCCUCAGAAUCAGGAACACUUCUUUUCUAGGUGGGGCUGGGAGAGAUAGGGAUUUCUCUUAUCUUUUUUUUCUCUUUGGGCUUUCCAGUGCCUCUUCCUUUAUGACAGUAUAUAAUUAAUGGGAUUUUCAAGCUUUCAUAAGAGAAUGAUUGAUUUGGUCGAUUCAGUCUGCUUCUGCUUUCUACACUGUGAAAUCCCUCUUGCAAGAGUUCUGUCAAGGGCCUGGUUUCCUCCAAGGAGAGGGGGAAUGGGAAGUGAGUACAUAGAAGGACAACAGACACAAACAAAUGUGAAUAUUUCUAGAAAUCACAAAAUACUGCCUUAUUGAAAAAAAAAUUCAUUGUCCUAAAAUUCAGGACACCAUAUUAGUCCCUGCUUUGUCUACAACUGAUGGAAAUUUGGAUGAUUUCUCAGAGCCUCAGUUUAUUCAUCUGUAGAUUAGGAGGCUGGAGAACAUAGAAUCUCAAGCUGCAGUCCUUUUCUUACCCUUCCCCUUUUGAUGCUUAAAUUCUUCUUACACCAUCUGUCCUUUUCCUGCUCGCCUCCACAGGCAUAGAUUCUUGGGGCAGUUUUAAUGCCCAAGAUGUGCCUUCUUUUUAAAAUUAAUUUUUCUUUAUUUGAUUAUAGUUGACCCACAAUGUUAUAUUGGUUUCAGGAGUACACAUAGCAAUCCAACAUCUUUAUAUGUUAUGCUAUGCUCACCAAAAGUGUAACUACCAACUGUUGCCAUACCACACUAUUCACAAUAUCAUUGACUAUAUUCCCUAUGCUGUACUUUUAUUCCCAUGCCUCAUUUAUUCCAUACUGGAAGCCUCCCACUCCUCUUCACCCAUUUUACCCAUUCUCCUACCCCCUUUCCCUCUGGCAACUACCAGUUUUUUCUCUAUAUUUACAGGUCUGAUUCUGUUUUUUGUUUUUUAACUAAUUUGUUUU